CAUAUACGUAGUAUGAGCGUUCAGCGUGCCGAUUGGCCCGAGACUUUCUUCAUUGCCUUUUCCACUGUUCAAGUUGACUCGUAGUGCACAAGGAAAUUUUUGUGGUGCGUUUUUCGUGAGCAAAUAUCAGCGGAAAAUUAUUCUGAACAAUCAUGUCUGACAAGCCGAAGCGUCCUCUGUCCGCCUACAUGCUGUGGCUCAAUGAGAACCGCGAACAGAUCAAGAAGGAUAACCCUGGAAUCAAGGUUACCGAAAUCGCGAAGAAGGGUGGUGAGAUGUGGCGCAACAUGAAGGACAAGACCGAGUGGGAGGGUAAGGCUGCUAAACAGAAGGAUGAAUACACAAAGCUCAUCAAGGAGUACGAAGCUAAUGGUGGAUCAACUGAGACUGCUGGCAAGAAGCGCGGCAAGAGCUCAAAGAAACCCGCCAAGAAGAGCAAAAAGAAGGAGUCUGAGGAUGAGGAAUCCGGUGAUGAGGAGAGCGAUUAAACUGACACACUUCUCUGCCCUCCCAAAAAAAAAACAACUGGAUCAAUCUAUUUUAAUAAUUUAUUGACUAGGGGGCUUCUCGUAUCAACUUUCUACCUUUUUUUUAUUUAGAUUCUAAAACUCAUCCCAAAAACAAGAUUUAAUUAAAUAAUAAGUAAAUACAUUUUGAGAAUUAAGUUACACACAAACACAAUUAAUUGUUCAAAAAAAAAUAAGGAAGUUUCAUGUGUAUGUAAGUUGUGUCUGCCAAAUUUUUUGAUAAAGUAUUGAAACGUCACGCAGAGAAGCCUCAUUUUUCAAAACCACACUAAAGGAUAAUUCAUUUUUUUUUAGAAGUAAUAUUUACCCCCUCCUUUUAUAAUGUAGUCUUUUUUUUGGAAAGAUUCACGAUCAACAAAUUCAUGGAUAAUCUCACCUUGUUAGUUUGUAGCGUCUCGUGUACAGAGUACAGAUAGGAAAAAAAUGCAUUAAAAAAAGAAACAUAAUAAAAUGAAGGUUUAUCUAUAAAUUUGUUGUAUCGAGUUUGGAAAUUCUAGUAUGAAGUACGUGUUCAUUAAACAAAAAAAAAUACAUAGCUACAAAAGUAAAUUUAAAAUAAAAAUAAAUAAAAAAAACAGAAGAGUAAGAUCCUACCUCUUUCGACUAAAAAAAAAGUAAAAUUGAGAAGUAAUAAAUGUGUAAAAGCGUAUUUUAUGUUUUAACACACAUUUUUCUCUAAUUAGUAUAAAUAUAAUUAUAAAAAAAAAUAAUUAAAAAAAAAUGAAAUAAACAGGACUUUCAAGAUAUUUGUGUAAAACGAAAGGUCAGGUAAUUUAUCUGUACCUGGUAUUAGAAUUUAGGAUAUAAAUUUGUGUUUUUUUCUGUAAUUUGUAUAAUUCAUUUUUUUUUUAAAAUAGAUUUUAGUUCUCUUUUCUGCAAUAAAAAAUCAUUCCCUCAAAACUUGGUGUUCCCUCGUCACACAACACACUUCAAGAUAAAAAAUCAUCAGUAAAUAGAACGGCACAGAUUUUUCUUUGUAUGAAAUUGAAUUAAAUAAAUGGAGAUUUAUUAAAA